AAAAUGUGCGUAUCUUUACGAAUUCCAUAGUCAAUUCCGGGAAGUGCUUCACAAUAAAAACUUACCCUUGUUAACAGUUCAACUUAAUAACAGGAAUAACGGGCUUGAAUAAACUGCCAAAAUAAAGUGUUGUUGUAGUGAGAAAAAAUACAAAAGAUGAAGAAUUUUACUCGCUACGGAAUAACAUAAUCGAAAAGGAAUUUAAUUACAAGCCUUUAUUUUGAGGAGUCGUGCUUCCACCGGAACGUAUUUUUACGUGAGUCAUAAGUAAGUUGACGCGCAUUGGCUAGCUUGAUGGGAGGAAAGGAGGCAGGCAGGCGAAGACAAACAUGAACAAGUUGAAGUCCUCACAAAAGGAUAAAAUUCGCCAGUUCAUGAUUUUCACACAGUCCAGUGAGAAGACGGCACUGACAUGUCUAGCACAAAAUGACUGGAAACUAGAUGUUGCCACAGACAAGUUUUUCCAAAGUCCAGAGCUCUAUGUCUCACAUCUAAAGUGGACCUUCGACAAGAAAAAGCUUGAACAGCUGUACAACAGAUACAGAGAUCCUCAUGAUGAUAACAAAAUUGGUAUUGAUGGGAUUCAACAGUUUUGUGAUGAUCUGGGUUUGGACCCAGCCAGUAUAAGUGUCCUCCUCAUAGCCUGGAAGUUCAAGGCAGCAACACAAUGCGAGUUCUCAAAACAAGAAUUCAUGGAUGGCAUGGCAGAACAGGGGUGUGACAGUAUAGACAACCUAAAAGCUCAGCUGCCAAAGAUGGAGCAAGAAUUAAAGGACCAAGGGAAAUUUAAGGACUUUUACCAGUUUACAUUUAAUUUUGCAAAGAAUCCAGGACAGAAAGGUUUGGAUUUAGAAAUGGCAAUUGCAUAUUGGAAUUUAGUGCUUGCUGGAAGAUUCAAGUUCUUGGAUUUGUGGAACAAAUUUUUAAUUGAACACCACAAAAGAUCAAUUCCCAAGGACACUUGGAACCUCUUACUGGACUUUAGCACAAUGAUCACAGAUGACAUGUCAAAUUAUGAUGAGGAAGGAGCAUGGCCUGUUCUUAUUGACGAUUUUGUGGAGUUUGCACGGCCUCAUAUCGGGACCAAAAGCACAGCAGUUUAAGGACUGUUCUGCCAAAAAGGAUUCCAUAUGAUGUUUGUGCAGAGUAAAGGACAUGAGGACCACACUGAACUAAGAAUGAUGUUGCCUUUCAAACCCUCAGGACUGAAAUAUUUUCACAGCAGAGACUUUAUAUAUGUGUGUUUAUGUACAUGCAUAAAAAGGCAUAUCUCCUUCUUGGUCAACUUGGGGUGGUUUUGUAAAGCAUGGGCCUUGUGCGUGUGUGUGUGUGUGUGUGUGUGUGUUAUCAAACCAACUUGAGGAGUCCUAGCCUGUGUCUUUUAUGGAUGUGGCUGGCCUCCACUCAUAAGCAGACAGUCUUUUGAAUGGAAAUAUAAAAAUGGGGUUAACAAAAGGAUGUUCUUUAAAUAUUGAAUUUUAUUACUCCUGUGCAUUUCUGAUUUUGUUUUUAUUUUAGGAUACAUUUGUGUCACAAGACAGUAACAAACAUUGAUUGUAAUUUUUUUUAAGAAAAAGGCUGUUUGUGCACAAAUGCAGAAAAAUAAAAUAAAUGUUUCAAUUUUC